GCCUCGCUUGACCUAUAGCGCAUACAUCUUGCCCUGAUACCCUCUCGUAACUUCCUUGCCUGCUAUUGCCAACUUCCACAACUAGACAUACGAUUAUACUGCUAUUUUACCUGAACGGAGAAAAGCAUGGCUACACCAACCCCGCCUGCCACAGGUGUCGGCCUCGGCCUGGAAGUCGUCUCUAUCGUCAACAAGCUGCAGGAUGUCUUUGCGGCCGUGGGGGCGAACUCUAGUGUCAUCGAUCUCCCGCAGAUUUGCGUGCUAGGUAGCCAGUCUAGUGGGAAGAGUUCGGUGCUCGAGAAUAUUGUCGGACGUGACUUCUUGCCUCGAGGAACUGGUAUCGUCACACGGCGACCUCUUAUUUUGCAGCUUGUCAACCGACCUGCAACUGCCAAAGCUCCCCAGCAAAACGGCGAUGCUAAGCCCGAUGGCGUAGUACCUUCUUCGAAGGACCCCCAUCAAAAUGAGGACGAAUGGGGCGAGUUCUUGCAUGUGCCUGGCACAAAGUUUUACGACUUCACCAAAAUCCGGGAUGAGAUCGUGCGGGACACAGAGGCCAAGACGGGGCGUAAUGCAGGCAUCUCUCCUCUGCCCAUCAACUUGCGCAUAUAUUCUCCCAACGUCCUCACUCUCACCCUUGUUGAUCUACCUGGUCUGACAAAGGUGCCUGUUGGCGACCAGCCGAAGGAUAUCGAGCGACAGAUCAGGGAUAUGUUGGUCAAGUAUAUUAGCAAACCGAACGCGCUCAUCCUCGCGGUCACAGCUGCCAAUACUGAUCUGGCAAAUUCUGAUGGUCUGAAGCUGGCGCGCGAGGUGGAUCCAGAGGGGACAAGGACGAUAGGUGUCCUCACCAAAGUUGAUCUUAUGGACCAAGGGACAGAUGUCAUCGACAUUUUAGCUGGACGUGUUAUCCCUCUGCGGUUAGGAUAUGUGCCAGUUGUCAACCGUGGUCAGCGUGAUAUCGAUCAGUUCAAGCCUAUCAGCGCUGCGCUCGAAUUUGAACGUCGCUUCUUCGAGAACCACCCCGCAUACUCUAGCAAGGCGUCCUUCUGCGGCACACCGUUCCUGGCAAGGAGGUUGAACACCAUCCUGAUGCACCAUAUUCGCUCUGCGCUUCCGGAUAUGAAGCUGAGGAUACAGCAGCAACUGCAAAAGUACAAUGCGGAGUUGAUCCAGCUGGGUGGUGCUCAAGGGCAGGAAAGCUCGGGUAAUAUCGUUCUGUCGGUUAUCACUGAAUUCUGCACCGGUUUCCGCACUGUCCUUGAUGGUAAUACGAACGACCUCUCAGUGAACGAGCUGUCCGGUGGUGCUCGUAUCUCAUUCGUUUAUCAUGAGCUGUACAACAACGGUGUGCGCUCAAUCGAUCCUUUCGACCUUGUCAAGGACGGCGACAUCCGCAUCAUUCUGUACAACUCUUCUGGUUCUACUCCUGCACUGUUCGUUGGGACCCAGGCGUUUGAGGUUAUCGUCAAACAGCAGAUUCUGAGGCUGGAGGAGCCUAGUGUCAAGUGCACACAGCUUGUAUAUGAAGAGCUGACGCGGAUUCUGAAUCAACUGCUCAACAAGAUCCAAACCUUCAAGCGGUUCCCCGCCCUCAAGGAACGUUUCAGCGCUGUGGUCAUCAACUUUUUCAAGACCGCAAUGGACCCUACUACGAAACUGGUGAAAGACCUUGUGCAGAUGCAGGCUGGCUACAUCAACACCACUCAUCCGGACUUCCUCAAUGGCCAGAAGGCGAUGGCGAUUAUCUCUGAGCGACUGAACGUGAGCAAGCCAGCGCCGGCGGCACACGACCCUAAACGACCCAUGACACCGGCACAGAUCAACAACAAUAAGGAUCUAGAUGUUGCACCUCCGAAAGACGACACAGGCUUCUUCGGCAGCUUCUUUGCUUCUAAGCAACCUAAAAAGAAAGGCGGUCCCGUCAUGGAGGCACCACCAACUGUUAUCAAGCCCCAAUCCGCGCUGAACGAUCGCGAACAAAUGGAGACUGAGGUCAUCAAGCUCCUUAUCCAAUCGUACUUCAACAUCAUCAAGCGGGAGAUGAUUGACAUGGUGCCAAAGGCUAUUACAUAUACCUUGGUGAACCACUCCAAGGAGAAUCUCCAGCAGGAGUUACUCAAGGAGCUGUACAAGCCCGAGAUCCUCGAUGAUCUCUUGAAGGAAUCGGAGUACAUUGUCAGCAGGCGGAAGGAGGUUGUUUCGAUGGUGCAGGCCCUGAACAAGGCGGAGGAGAUUAUCGCCAGCGUCUAAGGUUGUUUCAGCACGUAUUAUGUAUGUAGGCCCCGUCACGUUUUUACGGUUUCACUUUGCUUUAAUGCACUCUUUCAUCC